CAACAGACAUUGUAGUCCCGCCUCUCGGUUACAAGGUUGAGUUUUACUUAGUAGUGAGUGAACUCUAGUUGUCGAAGGGAAAUACACACAUUCGCCUCGUCAUUCGUUGUAUUUUAAUUUAAAGGGUGAAUAAGAAGCAUGAAUAGCUUAAUAAGAUAUACUUCUCGGUGUCUGCGGUUCGGAGCGGCGUACUCUCUACCCGGACAAGCCGAAGGACGCCUGUGGACGGCCUCUCCGCGGCUCUUGUGCGUAGCGUCGAACCCCCCGAAAGACCUUGGCGACAUGGUGAAGAAGGACAAGGUGGUGGUUUUUAUGAAGGGGACCCCGGAACAGCCUAUGUGCGGUUUUAGUAACGCCGUGGUCCAGAUUCUGCGGAUGCACGGAGUGGACGACUACGCAGCGUACAAUGUGUUGGCGGACGAGCAGCUUAGAGAAGGAAUCAAAGCGUUCUCCAACUGGCCAACGAUCCCUCAGGUCUACUUCAAUGGAGAGUUUGUGGGAGGCUGUGACAUCCUCCUCCAGAUGCACCAGAAUGGCGAUCUGGUGGAGGAGCUAAAGAAGUUGGGGCUCCAGUCUGCACUACUGGAUGCUGAGAAAGACUCCAAGUAGAGGAGGAAGAUGAACUUAAACGUGCUUAAAAAGAGAGGACACAUUUACUUGGUUGAAUCUUACGUGUUGCACACUAAAGACAAAAUUGACUCUUCUGACUGACAAUAGAUGUGAUUCGAUUACUGUCUGAGCUUCCCUUACGGGACAUGGAAUCUUUUAAAUAAGUUAAGAGUCCACAUGGAAUGUUGAAUGUCUCAUCACAGCAUCCUGAGUAAGACUUUGUCACUGUAGCUUUAAUACCUAAAACCUGUACUUAGGAUGACUUGACAAUAUUGUUCAUGUUGGACCAGACAGACUGCAAUGACAUCACACUAGAAAACAUCCAUAUAGGUUUGUAUAAAGAAGGGGCAAUUCUGUCUUGAAUUGUUACUUAUUGAAUUAAAUGAAUAUUGCCAAAAGGAUUUUACAAUGUACCGCUUGUGACAAUGUCUACGUGGCGCAACAACUGUUUUGUUUCCUCCACGCAAAAUGGACACCCUCUGUUUUUUAAGUAACGACCCGCUGAAACGCAACAAAUAACCCACACCAAUUUUGGGUCUUGCAGAUUAAUCACUUGUGCUAUUUUUGCAGUUGAAGUGUGUAAGCUAAAAGCUUGGAAUAUUGGACAAUCACUCACUAAAGCUUAUCUGCUGCCCAACACUUGAAUUACUACAGCAGUGGUACAUUGUAAUAUAGUGUACAUUUAUAUCAUGAUCAAAUGUAUUUUAGCUGAGUCAUCAUUAAAAUAUCAAGUGACA